UCAGGCGUCCUCUCAUUCACAAAGGUGGCCUUGCCUUUAAGGCCCCUCCUUCCCCCACCCCCAGGGAAUAAGAACAGCUUGACCCUGGCCAGCCUCCCAUGUAAUCUCCCGCACGCUGAUAAAACUCCUGAAGGUCACGCAGGGCCUCUGCUACUGCCCUCCUUCUUGUGCAUCGACUGAGAAGGCCCCUGAAUGCUAUUUUUAGUGCAGUGAUAGGAUCAGGUAGAAUAAGCCCUAGGAGUGCUCCCUUAAAGCGCACUCUGCGUCCCCAGGCGUGUCACUUAAGGAUCCCGAGAGACUGGUCCUUUUACAGGAAAGAGACCUAGGAAAUUCCUAAAACAAUCAGCUGUUUGUGAUCGAUGCAUGAACAGCAGUCUCUGUGAGUCGUCUACUGGGUCCUCCUUUGGGGGCAAACGACUUGCUGGAGGACUUGUCCAUGGUGCUGAAACCUUGGUGCCAGGAAACCUGUCCUUCGAGCUGUUAUCCUCCAUGAAAAAUGCACCAGUUGCAGGCAAUCUGCUCAAUUUAAUCCAAGGAAAACCUGAGUCUAAGCACACAGCCUCAAUGAGGUUUGGAGAAGACCUUGGGUCCUAGAUUGAGCUGGCAUUAUCCCAUCCAAGGCGGAAUAACGGAGAGGAGUGGAAUUCACUCUUGCCAUCCUCUGGACCACAUUUCCUGGGUUCUCGAAUCGACGCACACCUAUAACUUUGCAAUCCCGAUGGCAGCUCCACAUUCAGCCUUAGGCUCUCCCUUGCGGUGGAUCACUUCCUUUCCACGCCAAUGCAAAGUUUGGGGUUUGCACCAAGGAGACUUCUCCAUAGCGGCCACCCUCUGAACGAGUGGCUGUUCCAUUGCCAGCUGGCCUGGGCACCAUGAAGCUUGGGGUGCCUUCAGGACCCCAAAGGCUGGUGGCACAAACACUCCUCUUCCUGGCUUUCCUGAACCGCCGCUCCCUGCAGAGACCCCUGGCGGCCGAUGGCGAAGGGAUGAGCGGAGAUGACGGCCACCAAGGGAGCCCUGGACUCAUCCAGUGUGGAGAAUACAGCAACCAGGUCCUGCCCAAUGGCAGGUGCAAGAUCAUUGCCACCUUGCCGCAACUGGACCAGCAGAGGUGCCCUGACAUGUUCCGUUGCACGGACGAAGUCUCCUACUGGCUCCACGAGAACGAGGAGAGGAAGCAACAGAUCCUGGAACUGCGGGAACUCAUCUCAGAGCUCCAGGAGGAGCUGAGGAACCAUCGUCACCGCAUCAAGAUUUUGGAGCUGCAGCAUGAAGAGAAGUCCAGCCGCAACGCCACCGUGGAGCAGCGGGUUCAGGAGCUGGAGCAGCACUACCAGGAGGCCAGCACCCUGCAGCACAUUCAGGCCACGCUCCUGUACGACAUGCAGGCCCAGGUCCACAAUGUCUCCCUGCUGAUGGACUGGGUGCGGCACAACCCAGGCUGCCUGGUCCCGGUGGAGAUGAGGCUCCAGCACGAGAUGCACUACCCAGAUGUGAAGCAUGCCAAGAACUGCCCCAUCGAUUGUGCCUCCAUAUACUACAACGGGGUCCGGCGGUCGGGCAUCUAUAGCAUCAUGCCAUCCGAUGGAGGUCUGCCCAUUGAAGUGCUGUGCGAGAUGGAUGUGGAAGGUGGAGGCUGGACCGUCAUCCAGCGGCGUCAGGAUGGCACGGUCAAUUUCAACCGGACGUGGAACGAGUACAAAGACGGCUUUGGGGAGUUGAGCAGUGAAUUCUGGAUGGGCAACGAAAACAUUCACAAGAUCACCAGCCAAGGGGACUACUCUCUCCGCAUCGACCUGGAAGAUUGGAACAAUAAGCACAAACAUGCCUUUUACCAGCUGUUCAGCAUCGAGAACGAGGUGAAUUACUACCGCCUGCAUGUGGAGGGCUUCAGUGGGACGGUGGAGGAUUCCUUCGCCUGGUACCACAACAAGAGGAGUUUCAGCACGCCCGACUCAGGGAAUAUCUGCGCUGCCAUCUCCCAUGGAGGCUGGUGGUACCACCAAUGUUUCUUCUCCAACCUCAACGGCGUUUACUACAAAGGUGGAAGAUACUCUCUGAAGAACCGCAAGAUUCUUGGCCCCGAUGGAGUGGUCUGGUACACGUGGAAGGACACCGAUUAUUACUCCCUCAAGAAAGUCACCAUGAUGAUCCGCCCCCGCACGUUCCGCCCCCACCUCUCCCCGUGAAGGAACCCGGGAUCUCUUUCUCAUCAAAUCACAGCUGGGUGAUGGAUGACCCUGGACAACUGCAUCUCAGUCCACCGGCCCGUCCUGAGGCAUGGCCCCUCACACCAGUCGGUCUGUCACGUGGACAAUGAAUGCAAAGAGCAGUGAACAGAAUCUGACCCUCGGGCACUUUCACCGGGGGGGGGUGCAUUCUGGCAGCAAGGCUAGCUUGACGAACGAGGUGUGGUUGGUGCUCUCCCUAAAUGUGGACGCUUUGGUGGCUGCAAGCUGUGGAGAUGGCAGCCCAGUGGAAGUCAUGGCUUCUUGAAGAAUGGCUGCAUCCAGCUCUUUGUCAGAAUGAAACAGGCUACGAAAAGGAAACCAACGAAAUGAGUCUGGAAUAUCAGCAUAUUUUAUGAAGACUGAUGGGCGCCAGCUUGGAGCGGUGCAGUGCUGCCCUCUGUUGGAAGAAGCUGGGCUUUGCUGGACCUCAAAGUCCCUCUUUUGCUUCAUGUUCCCGACAUUCAGACAUCUUGCCUGUUCAGCCUUGAGAAUUUGCCAUUGCCACCUGCCGCCAAGCAAAAGGAACUGCUUUGCAAAUGGAAGGUUCCUCAUUUUUUCUCUGGCAGUUCGGGGGCAUAUUUCCGCAGCGUAUCACAGAGACCCCUUGCGACAGGGACCCAUAUCUCCUUGAAGCUGAACUGUUUAGCGUAGUUGGAAGAAGAGGAGGAGAAAAGAGACAGCAUCGCUUUUGCUUAUUUCGUAAAACUCAUAUACUGCUUGAUUUGUAAAAACAAAACCCUCAAGGUCUUUAAAAUGGGGGAAAGGGCCUUUUUGCUUUCCUGACCUGGUGCUAGAGGUGCUUUUCUGCAAAGACUCGGUCCUUCCUUGGAAUGGGUUAACUGAAAAAUGAGAAACUUGUAUUUUCAGAAUUCCUGAAAGCAGAAGCUGGAAUAUUAUCCGUGCCCUGCUUCUGCCCACUGUAGAGGGGACCCUUCGGUUUGGAGUCGGUGGGGGGGGGUAGGAUUGGUUGCAAAAUCAUAGCUGCCGGGGCAACUUCAGAAAAGCUUGAGGGAGCUGAGAGCAACAUCUGCAGCAGAGAUCUGCAGCAGAGAGGUGCAAUUUCUCCAGCCAGGUCUUUGGCGGAAUCUAUCUCCCAUAAGGUCACACAACUUCUUCAAAGUGGUCUUGCCAACUAACUGCUAACUGCAUAGCUGUCAACCGUCCCUUAUUUGGUGGGAAACUCCCUUAUCCCAGUGCCGUGUCCCGC